AAGACAUAGUAACGGACCACUUUACUCUGAAGACGUUCCCAAAAGGAAAUGAUGUCUAGAUUUCAAAUAUAAGAGGGAAAACCAACGCCUACAAGUUUCUUCUAUACUUCAAAUCGUCCGUGACCUCACCAUUAGACUUCGCUUCCAGUUAAAAAUCACCUGAUUUCAUUGCACUAUGAAGAUAGCCAUUUGUAACGGACAAGACGAUGUUCCUUGCGAGUCUGCUGAUGUCGAACUGAAUAAUCUCCUGGCCCUAGCCCUUUUGUUUAUGACGUGCACCACGAUCAACAUAGCCGCCUUCUUGUACGAGAGACAUGAUUCCGGUGAAUCUGAAGAAGUUGAUCCAUUCACUUCCAUGGCUACUGGAAACGUAAUCACUGCAACCAGCCAGAGUAUCGAAAGGAAGGAACGAGACGCAAUCAGCCAUAAUGAAGAUGAGUCACGUAACAAUAGCGUGACCGCUGUUGAUGAUGAUCCACUCAACGCUAUGCCCAACUGUUGGUACAAGGUUAUCGCAAAGGCAAUCAGGACAGGAGAUACUUUGACUAUUGUCUUGUUUACAAUCGUUACGGCGGCCUAUAGUUUGAUUGCUAGUCUUCUUCUUCUCUUUGGCUAUCGAUAUGUAACAGGUCCGUAUGAAAGCAAUCCGUUUAGCUGGAUGACACCUUUUAUAGAAGAAUUGAAUAGCGUGUUUCCACUUGUUUACGGUCCGAUGGUAUUUCUUAUGGUAAAUAGGGAAUCACUGUACCCGUCUGGAAGGAAAAUUAAAAAAGAUUAACUGAGAUUUUCACAUGUGAGUGAGGUUUCAACGGGGAAGUUUCAAUAAUGAGCAUCUUCUUUAAACAAUGAUAAGCUGAGAAGGGGACAAAAGAUAAAACAAAAGAUGAUUGUCUAGAAUUGUGUUAAACUACCUUUUGAUGUUUGAAUUACGUUCACUAAUCAUUUCCCCGUAGAAUAAAUUCCAAGAAAACUAAAGUAUCAUCAUUUUGACGUUUGCAUUAAUGAUCCUUGUCGUUCAUGUACGAUUAACUGCUUUUAAUAUAUCAACUGUUUAAGACAAUAAUUACGAAGAUAAGAGUUAAUUAAAAUACAAUCACGUGUA